CCGGAAAUAGCAGAGGAAGAAGAGGAGGGAAAUGGUCUGACUAGAGUAGUGACUACGUGAGACAAUGUGAACGAUAACAUACAUGUUUUGCAGGAAAACGUCGUCGUAUGCAUUGGACAACAAACUGCAAUAAAUUUGUGACGUCAUAAAUAGCCAUUGUGGUUGCUAUUUAAAUCAUCUAUCGUGAGAUUGCCAGAAUGAUAUGCCAAGUGUUGAUUUUUACUCUUGUUUUGCUUGCUUUUACACAUGGAACAUUCUUAGGGAAGAGCAAGAUUAUGAAAUGUCGUGACGUUGGUGACAAUUCCGAUCCUGUCAAUGGAGAUGGCAGUUCAUGCCAACAGAAGCUUGUUGUCACAGUCACAGUCAGAUCUGGACAGGGCAAUACAGAGGCACUACAUGCUGAUGUGAAGUCUGUCUUAGAUGAAAAGGAAAUUGCAAAACCACUCAAGAAGCCAUUCCGUAUCUUUCUGGAGAAAACACCUGUUGAUAUAUCAUAUCCACUAGUGUAUGAAAAGAGUGUGCCAAGCAAAUAUUAUGAGGAGUCGAGAAAGAUUGGAUGGAAGGGUGGCUUUCGAGUCAACGAAUGUGAUGACAACUGGAAUUCUGGUAGUCCAUCAUGUAAGUUUGCAUACGACAAAGAUGGCGAAAAGAUAUGGGCCAGUCAGGGAUACUGUUGUGUGUGUACGAAUGAUAUGUCGAGUGGGGCGAAGGACUGGUACAUGAGAGGUCGCAAGGGUACUUGCAGUUGGUUUGACUCUCGGACGACAUCACACUGCUUGAGAUUUGGACAGCUUUGGUACAAUGGAUUCCGACUCUUGCCACCAAUUUUGGACUUUAACAUAACAUUAAAAAUACUUUCCUAUGAAGGCAUCAAGUUUGAUCCUACUCUCAGAGUUUACAAGCACACGUGGUCUCGUCCAAAACAAAUUAUUCUCUCUCCUUCAUUCCCUCAUGGUGACACAACAGAUCCUAGAGUAAUCGGCCAGUAUUUGGGUGAUCUUUUACCAUCACAACAAUUUACAGAUCUGACCUAUAGAUAUCUAUUUGUGCCAUCGUUGUAUGAUCCAUAUGGCAGUCGGUUAAAUGGCAGCAACAAACUCCAUUUAAAUCCGACCCAGUUUCGUAAACAUCAACUAGUCAGGAAUGGAAUGCAUGACUGGAUGCUUGUUGAAAAGCAUCUGGUCGAUUUUUCUGGAUUGACUUGCAAUCGUGUCGGCAUGUACUACGAAGGAUUUGCAAAGCAGCCUGGAAAAUGUCGUCGUAAAAUGAACAGCUGCAAUGAAAUAACUCUUGAGUCAUUGUGGACUCACGACAACCUGUUGCGUAAUGCGCGUCGAACUGGAAAGUAUUUUGUUGAGAAUUUUGGCACCUACAGUCGACGAUAUGACGAGAACUUCUUGCGUGAUCCCGGAUCACUAGUAAGUCUUUCUCUGGAGUCACCAGCCAUACACCAGAGUGUCAUAGUGAUGGACAUUUCAGCGGAUGACAUCCAUUUUGUUUACAAUGUUGCCACGGGAAAGAUUGUUGAAGCAUAUGUGGAAGACUUUGCUGCCUUAUCAAAGGAUGGCAAACUGAUGGUGAAUGUUCACAACACUGGUCAGGUUGCGUCGGAUUUUCCGGUUGCAGUCGACCAAUGCUCACCGGGUAUUGCUGAUGUCCCGGCUCAGACAAGAACAAUCGAAGCUAAUCAAGUCCUACAAUAUGUGUUUAACGUAUGGCAUCACAUCUCUCUAGCCACAAACAACUCCUGCACAGUAUCACUGCAAGAUAAGACGGGCAAGAAACAAGACAGCGUCGUCGUCAAGUUUACAACGUUCAUGGCUUGUUUCUGUGCCGGACAUUGUCCGUGCAAGUGCGACGUAUCAUGCGAAGUGGUGAUCGAGACGCCAAAAUUUAACGCGACCUCGUCGGACAAAACCUGCGAUAUUGCCAUCUACUGCACACUGGAAAGAAUCCUCGACUUCAUCGACAGGUUCACCUCGACAGUGUGGGGUAUGGGAGUGUUCGUAAUCGGCACUCUCUUACUCAUGGGAAUGUUGAAGAUGUGUAUUGAAAGGACCUACUUUCAGCACACCGAUAUCGACAGCAUAGUACUAGACAUUAUUUCAGGAAACAAGAAAAAACAAAACGACAAGAAACAGAAAGGCGGCAAAAAGCUAGAGAAAGAGGAAGUGAAAACUGAGAUGAAGUUUGCGUUGGGUGCUUGCUUCUUUAUCUAUUUGCCGUUGCUGCCGUUGCUGUGGGCGGGAGUAAGAAUGUAUAGGAUAUGGCAACUGAAGCGAAGUAUUGCCAGAGAAACGGCAAAGCAGCAACGUCGGUCCGAGUGGCUAAUGCACAAGCUGCAUCAAAUAGCAGGAGGACCAAACAAAGCUAUGGGAUAUUGAACGUAUUGCAGGUCAGACCAUUUACUAUGACCAAAUGUGAACUAGCAUCUAGACAUUAAUUACGACAUUGUCGUUGAUUUGCUACUACUGGUUUCAUACCAGCUUGUCGUGCUUUCGUCUGAGGCACUGUUUGUUGUGUAACUUUCUUCUGUACUUGCACUUUCACCUUGGUGUCCUUCGUCUUCGGACGCCGCAAGAUCUUCGAACAACUCGAGUUCUUCAAGGACUGUAGCUCGUGCGCGGCGCAGCUUCUUCUGUUCGUCGAGAAGGCGAGCCUUUUGACGAGCCGACCA